AUGGCUUCUCUCAAUCUCUCGUCCAAUGGUCCCUCGAUAUCGAAAAGUUAUCAGACAGUGGUGAAUGCACCACCCCCUUCUGGGAAUGGAGGGUCUCCAACUUAUGGCCAAUGGGCUGUCUACUCGGUUUCUACCCCGCUUGUCAGUGCCUUCCAGCAAGAUGGAGGUAAGGAGAGUGUCCUUAAGGUCCAGAGCACCGGAGAGGGUGAAUUGGCCGAUCUCAUCGAGGAAUUCUCCGAAGGACGGGUGCAAUUCGCCUAUGUGAAGGUGACGGAUUCCAACACCGGUCUUCCCAAGAACGUUCUCAUUGGCUGGUGUGGAGAAGGUGUACCAGAGCGAACAAAGGGUUAUUUUACCAGCCACCUGGCUACAGUUUCCAAGUUCCUUCAUGGAUAUCAUGUGCAGGUCACAGCCCGAGCAGAUGGGGAUCUAACCCCCGAGGGAAUCGUCCAGCGGGUGGCAGAUUCCUCCGGCUCCAACAAGCCUGCUUUCACACCGACUCGAUCUGGGGGUAUCACUCCCAGACCAGCUGCCCGCGUACAGCCCACACCUUCAAGAGCUAGCGUGAAUGAUGAUGGAUGGGGUGUAGAUGCCCCUCCCGUGACCCGCACCCAAUUGGAAAAGGUACAAUCGGCUUACCAGCCCACUAGAGUGAACCUGCAAGAACUCAAGGCGAGCCCCUCAGCUAGUCGCCAACCUGCCGCUACCUCGGAUGAUUCUAGCGAUGUGGUUAGAGGUGGUUACCAGCCAGUGGGCAAAGUCGAUAUUGCGGCAAUUCGGAAGCAAGCUGCCGCGUCCGGUCAGCUGAAAGAUGAGCGCCCGGCAAUUAUCAAGGGCUCCUACGAGCCCGUUGGCAAAGUAGACAUCGCUGCCAUUCGAGCUAGAGCACAGAAGCCGGAAGGCACCAUCGAGAACGUCCCAUCGAGCACCGCAGUCAGCCAACAGCCGACAACGUUGCCAGAGCGACCUGCCCCCUCCAAUGCCUCGGAGCGCUUGACCAACCUACCCAAACCAAAGGUUGCCAACAAGUUUGGCUCUAGCCCCUCCUUCCCAGGAACAAAGCCCCUUCUCCCAGUUGGUCUUGAGCCUAAGCCAACCUCGAGUGCGCAGAUUGGAGUUGCAAGCCGAACUUUUGCCGACGAGGGAGGCAAGACACCUGCUCAAAUUUGGGCAGAGCGCAAGGCCAAAGAACGCGGAGUAGCUUCGUCAUCUGGAAGCACUGAGCCUGCCUCUACCACUGCCCCGAUUCAAAGCCAAACUAGUGGCCAGGGCGAGUGGAAGAGCUCCUAUGCAGGCAAGUCCUGGGCUCCCAUUCAAACUGCACAGGAUAAAUCAUAUGUUCCCGAGCAGCCUGUUGAUGCCAAGGCCAAUGAUCAGCAAGAGGAUGAGCCACAAACCCAUGCCAGUCGCCCUGUUCCUGUCCCGGGGCUGUCCUCUGGGUCCGUUGAGUCUGAGCCCGAACACGAUGCCCAGCAGGUUCUCCCUACUCCUCCACCACAGCCUCCUCGCUCCCCGACACCUCCCACUCCCCCGGUGCGUGAGAGCUCGCCGAUCCAGAUUGCCAUGCCGGUUGGCCACAGCGCUGCUGACAGCGUUGCGGAUGUCCAUGAGGAGCAGCACUCGCCUCCCCCUGCCAUGCCUGUUCGGAGCCUCCAGGAGGUCGUUCCAGAUGAAAAGGAACUUGAGGAUGAUUCUCACGACCUUGGCCGCGCUGCAGCCGCAGCAACAGCCCCUCAGCAGCCCGAGCAACCUAAAGUCGGACCACGAGCUCAGGUCCAAUAUGACUAUGAGAAGGCCGAGGACAAUGAGAUCGAAUUGCGAGAGGGAGAGUACGUGACCGACAUUGAAAUGGUGGACCAAGAUUGGUGGGUGGGUGUCAAUCCUCGGGGUGAGCGUGGUCUCUUCCCUGCCAACUAUGUGGAGAUUGAGGAAGACAACGAACCUGCGUCACACGCGCCGGCUGGUUCCCAUCAUUAUGAAGCACAGCCAGAGCCAGAACCUACUGCUGCCCCCGUCCCGGUUGCACCCACACCUGCCGCUGCCGCUGCCCCAUCGGCGACUACUCCAAGCUCCAAACGUGUCACGGCCACAGCUUUGUAUGACUACGAAGCCGCUGAGGACAACGAGAUCGGUUUCCCCGAAGAUGCGAAGAUUUCCAAUGUGGAAUUUCCGGAUGAUGACUGGUGGCUUGGUGAGUACAAUGGCAAGCAAGGUCUAUUCCCUGCCAACUAUGUUCGCCUGGACCAGUGA